UGAACUAAGAUAACAUAGCGGGGAACUUUGACACUAUCGAACGAUGGAUCCCCUCGAUUAGGGGCGGCCUCCUACAGUCACACAUGUUCCUAUAGUCUAAUCAACCCAUCCGACGAUCCACACCAUAAAAAUAAACCUCACCUGAGCAAGAGCCAGUGGCAAGCCUUACACAAACCACAUUUCACGAAUUCCGAUCUGCCGAUCGCACAAAUCCUCUCUACGAUGAAAGCAGCACUAGUGGUAGUCGAUAUGCAAGAGGACUUUUGUCCGCCCAACGGCUCCCUAGCCGUCGAAGGCGCGCGCGACCUCGCCCCAACGAUCAACAGGCUCCUCGCGCACCGGGGCUUCAGCUUCCGCGUCUCCUCGCAGGACUACCACCCGGCGGACCACAUCUCCUUCGCCCCGAACCACCCGGCGCCCAACAACGUCCCCUUCGAGUGUACCAUCACGCUGACCAACCCGGCGCCGGGCAAGCACACCGACACCAAACCGCAGCGGCUGUGGCCGGUGCACUGCGUGGCGGACACGCCGGGCGCGGCGCUGAUCCCGGAGCUCGACGCGGCGCGCAUCGACCUGUUCGUCAGGAAGGGGCUGGACGCCCGCGUGGAGAUGUACUCGGUGUUCGCGGAUGCGUUCGGCAACCGCAACAGCCUCGAGCGGAACCGGCGCUCGGUGGAUUGUGAUCUCGAGGCCGAGCUGCGGGCGCGGGGCGUAACGGCGGUGUUCUCGGUAGGGGUGGCGGGCGAUUACUGCGUCAAGUGCACGGCGAUCGAUGCGGCGAGGGCCGGGUUUCGGAGUUAUUUCGUGGAGGAUGCGACGCGGUGCGUGGAUCCCGGGGAAGGAUGGGAGGAGGCGCGGCGGGAGUUGAGGGAGGCCGGGGUCGUGAUUGUGAGGUCGGAUGGGCCUGAGAUUGCGGGUUUGGUUGAGUGAUUCGAUGAGUCUUUGAAUGGCACGGGGGAAGGGGUGUUUUAAGGGUUGUUUAAUGGAGGUGCGUUGGUUGGGAAGGCGAUGGAUUGGUGACUGGACUGGCGCUAAAAGAGCCC